AUGUUCUUCUCCACCACGGGAGCGAACCUUUGCGCCGCCAUAGCAGGAGCGACAGUUGCUCAUGCUAUUCUCCUAGAUGUCACCGAUGAUAACUCCAUCCGCAGCGCCGCCUCCACGAUAGCCUAUGGCAUGAUGACCUACUACACCGGCAACCAAACCGGAAAAGAGCCUGGCCUCCUCUCUGUUCCAUACUAUUGGUGGGAAGCCGGCGCGAUGUGGGGGGGAAUGGUAGAAUACUGGCACUACACCGGCGACACCAGCUACAACGAUGUGGUGUCGCAAGCUAUACUGGCCCAAGCAAGCCCGACGGACGAUUUCAUGAUGCCGGAGGAAGCGGGCCAACUUGGCAACGACGACCAAGUCUUCUGGGGCCUCACCGCCAUGACCGCCGCCGAGCGUUCCUUCCCCCUUCCCUCUACCGCCAACGUCACCUACAUCGAGCUUGCCAAAGGUGUCUUCAACGACAUGGCUGGCCCGCGCUGGAACACGUCCACCUGCAACGGCGGGUUGCAAUGGCAAUUCAACCCCAACAACGCUGGAUUCUACUACAAAUCCUCCAUUGCCAACGGCGGCUUUUUCCAACUCGCCGCACGUCUUGCAAGAUACACGGGCAAUAGCACCUACAGCGACUGGGCGGAGAAGACGUACGACUGGAUGGCGAGGGUUGGGUUACUGGAUGGCAACUACUACGUCUACGACGGCACAGACGACACCAUAAAUUGCACCGGUAUUGAUCACGACCAAUGGUCCUACAACGCAGGAACGAUGCUCCUCGGCACCGCCGUCCUCGCCAACAUCGCCUCCUCUCCCAACAGCACCUCCCUCUGGGCGACACGAGCCCAAGGUCUCCUGACCGGCGCGCAGCACAUUUUCUUUUCCCCCUUCCCCAACGCCACCAACGUCUUAUUCGAAUUCAUGUGCGAAGAAGCCUCCACAUGCAACAACGACCAGUUCAGCUUCAAAGCGUAUCUUUCGCGCUGGAUGGUCGCCGCCACGCAGAUGCUGCCGAGUCUGAAGGCGCAAGUCUUGGAUCUGGUAACCUCGUCGGCGCAAGCGGCGGCGCUGUCCUGCUCGGGGAUGAACGCGAGUGUCUGCGGGACGAAGUGGUAUGUUGGGGGUUGGGACGGCACGAAAGGGUUGGGGCAGCAAAUGGCAGCGCUGGAUACGAUUCAAGGGCUGUUGGUUAAUGGAACAGCAUCUCCUUUGAUCGUGCCGGGGAGCUAG